CAUCAUUUAUCAAGCCAGAGAAAGAUGAAUGAAAGGCAGGGUAAGUGAUCAGUCUCCACCCUCACAGCUCUUAGCCUAGAGGUGGAUGUUUGUUUUCAGGGCUCACAGUAGAGAUCUGGGGACUCUGAGCAACAACAGCCGAUCGAUCAAUGGCUUUCCGUUCCUGGGAAUGUGAGUCUCCUUUAGGGCUCGCUAGCCUCAGCCUCUUCACCAUCCCCCCUCGCUUCUCACUGACAUAUUGAGUUUCGCACUUAAAAAUAGCUCUCGCAGUAUAGAGCUGGAGACGGCUGCUCCGAGUCUGAAGCAAAGCCCUGAAAUGCAGGUCUCCCCUCACUGUACUGCCUGGGCACAGUGCUGGCUGCCUGCUGACCCCUGCACAGCACGGAACCUGUCUAGCACCAGCAAUGGCCAGGGUGCCUGAAGCGUUUACAGAUAGGAGCUCCCUGGUGAAGCUGUGAACCCCCAUCCCUCCCUCCUUAAACAGUCACCUGACAUUUCUCCAGGAGGAACCUGAUGGCGCCAUUCCUAUCUCACAGAACUCCUGAAGUCCCUGUGGAUGCUCCACAAGGAUACUUUGCUCUUGAGAAUCAGCUUCAGCUCUGUGCAGUCUAUCCCACGCUCCAGUGAAGUGGACAUGGCUGGAACAAUCCAAGCCCCAGAGGGCCACCAUGGCCUGGAAACCAACAUGUUCCUUCCAGAGAACCCACAAGGGGUAGAAGACAGCAGACCAGGAAGAAACAGCAGUGAAUUUGAAGAUACACAGGACCUGGAGACUGCUGUGUGCCCAUCUCUAUUUCCCGUGGCUCCUUGCGGCUAUCAGGAGGGGCCAUCUCCAUGCCAUCUGUUGACAGUGAGGGUCAUUGGCAUGAAAAAUGUCCGGCAGGCUGAUAUGUUGAGUCAGACAGACUGUUUUGUCACCCUCUGGCUGCCAACUGCCUCUCGGGAGAAGCUGAGGACCAGAACCAUCUCCAACUGCCGACACCCCGAGUGGGAUGAAAGCUUCACCUUUCAGAUCCAGACUCAAGUAAAGAAUGUACUAGAGCUGAGCGUCUGUGACGAAGACACAGUGACACCAAAUGACCAUCUCUUGACAGUCCUCUAUGACCUCUCCAAGCUCUGCCUCCGGAAUAGAACCCAUGUGAAGUUUCCACUCAACCCAGAGGGCAUGGAAGAGCUGGAAGUAGAGUUCCUGCUCUCAGAGAAUCUCUCUUCACCAGAGAUACUCAUCACCAAUGGCGUGCUCGUGUCCCGCCAAGUCUCUUGCCUGGAGGUCCACGCAGAACCCAGGAGGCCGAGGAAGAGGAAGAAAAAUAAAGACCUCCUGGUGAUGGUGACAGACUCCUUCGAGAACACUCAGUGUGUCCCACCCUGCCUGGAGCCCUGCAGUGGGGAUCCGGCCUUUUUCCACUACCCUAAGUACUUCCAGCCCCAGCUGCAAGCGGAGGCACCUGAGAGCCAUUGGAGCUGUGGGCUUUGCUGCUGUGGAACACGCAGGAGUGGCCCUGUCUGCCAGCCCCUCGAUGGCCUUUCUGAUGGCCAGGCAGUGACCCUGCCUGUGGGAGAGAACUAUGAAUUACACAUGAAGUCCACACUUUGCCCUAACACGCUGGAUGUGCGGCUGGGAUUCGACCUGUGCCAGGAAGAAGUGGAGUUUCUGCAGAAGCGGAGGGUGGUGGUGGCCAAGGCACUAAGUCAGGUGCUGCAACUGGAGGAGAGCCUGUGUGAGGAUGAGGUACCACUGAUAGCCAUCAUGGCCACAGGAGGUGGCACAAGGUCUAUGGUUGCCAUGUAUGGCCACCUGCUGGGACUGCAGAAGCUGAACCUUUUGGACUGUUCUACUUACAUCACCGGCUUGUCAGGUGCAACCUGGACUAUGGCUACCUUGUACAAUGAUUCUGAGUGGUCCUCUAAAAACCUGGAGCCUGUUGUCUUUGAGGCCCGGAGACAUGUUGUCAAAGACAAGAUGCCCGCCCUCUACCCGGAUCAGCUCUGCAAAUGGCAAAAGGAACUCCGUCAGCACAGCCAGGAGGGCUACAAGACCACUUUUACAGACUUCUGGGGCAAGCUGAUUGAGUACAGUCUAGGAGAUAAGAAAUAUGAUUGCAAACUGUCAGAGCAGCGUGCUGCUUUGUGCCAGGGGCAGAACCCUCUGCCCAUCUACCUCGCCAUCAAUGUCAAGGAUGAUGUAAGCAACCAGGAUUUCAGAGAAUGGUUCGAGUUCUCCCCCUACGAGGUGGGCAUGCAGAAGUAUGGGGCCUUCAUCCCUACUGAACUAUUUGGCUCUGAGUUCUUCAUGGGGCGGCUGAUGAAGAGGAUCCCUGAGCCAGAGAUGUGCUACAUGCUAGGUUUGUGGAGUAGCAUCUUCUCCCUGAACCUGCUUGAUGCCUGGAAUUUGUCCCACACAUCCGAGGAGUUUUUCUACAGGUGGACAAGGGAAAAACUGCAUGACAUCGAAGAUGAUCCACUCCUGCCUGAAAUCCCUAAAUGUGAUGCUAACCCCUUGGAGACCACAGUCGUGAUCCCAGCAUCAUGGCUGUCCAACACCUUCCGAGAAAUCCUCACACACAGGCCCCAAGUGUCCGAGUUCCACAACUUCCUGUACGGGAUGCAGCUGCACACUGACUACUUACAGAACAAACAGUUCUCUAUGUGGAAAGACACAGUGCUGGACACCUUCCCAAACCAGCUGACACAGUUUACGAAACAUCUGAACCUGCUGGACACCGCGUUCUUUGUCAACUCCAGCUACGCACCCCUCCUUAGGCCGGAGAGAAAAAUCGACCUCAUCAUCCACCUCAAUUACUGUGCAGGAUCCCAGACCAAGCCCCUGAAACAAACCUGCGAGUACUGUACCGAGCAGAACAUCCCCUUCCCCAGCUACUCCAUCCAGGAGGAUGACAAAAGUCUCAAGGAGUGUUACCUGAUGGAGAAUCCCCAGGAGCCUGAUGCCCCCAUUGUGGCUUACUUCCCACUCAUCAGUGACACCUUCCAGAAGUACAAGGCUCCAGGUGUAGAACGAAGUCCUGAGGAGCUGGAACUGGGCCAGCUGAACAUCUAUGGCGCCAAAUCUCCCUAUGCCACCAAGGAGCUGACGUACACAGAGGCCAAUUUUGACAAGUUGGUGAAGCUCUCGGAGUAUAACAUCCUCAAUAACAAAGACAUGCUCAUGCAGGCUAUAAGACUGGCAGUGGAGAAGAAACGCAUGAAGAGCCAGUGUUCCUCGUAGGCCUGGGGGAGCCCUAUUCAUCCUGUGUCUGCUUCUAUUGUCAGGAGCUUCUGCCCACAAAGCCUGACCUCACCCACCGCUGUCCCUGCUCUCCAGCCAGGGCUUCAGGCAGCUUGGCCUGGGCUUUUUAGUGAAACAUUACAAAAGAACAAGGAAGAGCAAGAAAGGAAAGGAGUCCAUUGGGUUUUAUACCCUUGGAGUUUCUCUCCACUUCCCAGCCUGGAAGGUACCAUGUGCACAGGCUCCCACCCAGUCUCAAGUGUAGAAUGUAAAUGUGUGGCCACACCGAGUGGCUAGUUCCCAAGAGACCUCACCCUUAGAGCUGUAGACAGAAGUCCCCUAAGCCUCCCUCCCCACAUGACCAGAGACAUGCCCAGGAGGACUGAGAACUAUUCCUCUGGAAAUGCUUUGUAUAUUUAAGGUCAUCGUAUCCUUGGAAUUUUUGUUGUCAAUAGUAUUUUGUGAUGUAUUUUUAUUUUUAUAUUUUACUAUGAUGAAGAGAAUAUUAGUAGAAAGCCUGGUCUCUGCCACAAAGUAAAACAGAUAACCAACCCAUGUCACUGAUGCCUCUUCAGCUGCCAGAGCCCUGGGCUGGUGUGCAUCUGACCAGGACCAGGUCUAAGCACCCAGCUCCAGUGAAACCAGGCCCUGCCAACAAUGCAGCAGAAACCUACAGAAUAAGGAUGUGGGAUGCUGUUCAGGGAGGCCUGGGCAGGCUGUAAGCAAGGGGCACCAGGUACCAGUCCAGUGCCAUGAAGCUGUCCAGCGCCAUCAGUACUGUCUGAUAUAUCUCUGGCUUCCAGGUGGAGUUGAUCAUUUCUAAGUAUGGAUCCUCUUAUUUAUCACAGAAAACGCCACAGCCGGUUUCUCUAAAUUCUUAUACAGUGACUCAGAGAAAAAGGUUAGGAAGGAUGGCCUCAUAAUGGCAACUUAGGACUCUGAGAAAGACCUCAGCAUUGGAGGGGAGUCUCUGGGGGAGCCCUGAACAUAGAGACACCCAGAUCCCAGCUUUACUAAAGGACAGAAUGGGAGCCCCUGGGGUGAGAAAUGGAAGCUGAAAGGCAGCUAGGCAUGCGGCCUGAAUUGAGCCCAGCAUGCCUGGAGGACAAGGCCCUCUUAUUGAGCCACAUGAUCCCUCCACAGUCCUCGGUUGUUGAGAGAUGAAUGGCACCCAAGAUUUUUGUUUGUUUGUUUUAAAUGGGCUCCUGUUUCCAUCAUUGCUAUUCAGAGUGUGAUUGGGGCAAGCUGUAUACCCAUCCACACUGACAAGAACCUGUACUGUGAAGAGACUGGUGCCCCCUCUCCUGCCCCCAGGUGACUCCUAUGUGAGUAACGUGGGGGAAGAAUGGAUUUACUGCACAUUUCCAUCAGCUUGGAGAACAGGAGCCCAUAGACUCCUUUGAGAUAAUGAUAAGCUAGGCUUCUUGGCCUGUAGAACUGGUCCCUACCCGCUUGAUGUUGAUGUGAGUUGGACGUCCCUCACCUCCUCUAGCCCUCCACAGGAGGAGCUGGUUGCCAUUGCUUUUCCCUCCUUCACUCAGGGAACAGGCUCUGAAUUAUCAGAGAGAGCCAGAACAGGACCUGCAUUUUACAAGGUGAAGGCAGCCAUGCCUUGGACUUGCCAUAACAUGUGACAUGUAUAAGAUCACUGUACCAUUUGAGCACAAAAUAAAGCAGUCAUGAGGGUGAA